CGUACUUGGCAUGGGCACGUACAACACGUAUGUACGCAGGUGUGUUCAUAGUGCCUGUGCACCCCGUGUCGUGUCACGCGCCAGCCACUCGGAGUCAAAGGAAGACGGUGGGUGGCUGUGAGACCAACAACGAACCGAAAGAAACAUUGUGUCAAGGCGAGACAGUCUCUCGUAUCCUCCUCGGAGAGUCGGGUAAAAGUGCUGCCAGGCGACACGUACCCUCGAAACGGUUUCGCUCUUUUGCGGGAGCAUUCGUUUCCCCCCUCGGCAGAGAGAGAGAGAGAGACAGAGAGAGAGAGAGAGAAAGAGAGAGAGAGAGAGAGAGAGAGAAGAGCUCGCGAGCACCGCCGCGUACAGAAUAGCCGUCCCUCCUCGCUGCUGGGCCAACGAGAGCACGCAACCCAGCGGUCCAACCGAAGUCCGAAUAGGAACUGUGUGUCCGUCUGUCUGUCCGUCGGCUGAGAAUGGUUCAAAGGUUCUGCACCAGCGUGGCUGCGCUUAGCCUCGCCCUGAUCACCUGUCUCGUUUUUCCGCGUGCCGUCAUGGCAAUCGACUUGAGCCGAUUUUACGGUCAUUACAAUUCGAAACGCACGGGAGACGAUUGCCAUCCGUACGAACCGUUCAAGUGUCCAGGAGACGGUACUUGCAUCUCCAUUCAGUACCUUUGCGACGGAGCUCCGGAUUGCCAGAAUGGAUACGACGAGGAUUCGCGACUAUGCACAGCUGCAAAGAGGCCACCGGUAGAGGAAACCGCCAGUUUCCUGCAGUCGCUGCUGGCAAGUCACGGACCUAAUUACUUGGAGAAAUUAUUCGGGACCAAAGCGCGGGACACCUUGAAACUGCUCGGCGGGGUGAACGCGGUGGCUAUAGCGCUGUCCGAAUCCCAAACGAUCGAGGACUUCGGUGCAGCCCUGCACCUGCUGCGGGCCGAUCUGGAGUAUUUGCGCACCGUGUUCUUGGCUGUGGAGAACGGCGACCUGGGAAUGUUGAAGUCCAUCGGGAUCAAGGACUCGGAGCUCGGGGACGUGAAGUUCUUCUUGGAGAAGCUGGUCAAGACCGGGUUCCUCGACUGAACUGACACUCUCGUGGGACAACAAUCCGGAGACGCUGUCACCGUUGGCUGUAUCGUAUCGCAAUCGCACCGUUUUGUUGCUUCGCGGCUCGGUUCCUCCUCGACGGAUCAGUUUGGGCGAAACGGUCCGCCGCCCGUCACACCUCCUCAUCCUGUCGGCCGCUCCCGCCUGACACCGUUCCUGCUCUCUCGCUUCCUUUCGAUGUCUUCUUAGCGCUCACGCUUCUGAAAGAACACCGACGAGCAUCGAGAUAUAAGUUCAGGAUACACCGUAGGAGGAUCGCUCGGUGGCCACGCCGAGGAACGUGGCUGUCCGAUCGGUCCAUUCUCGUCUGAUUUGCAACGCCGAUUCGCUGUCUCGAUUACAAACCGAAACACUCGGCGAAAGACACCCCCUUGGCCCUGCUGCUGGACAACGAGCGAUCCUCCGAACGUUUAAACUUUCUCAGCGAAAUGUCAAGGGUCGCAGCACGCUUCGUGUAUCUCUCCGCGCAGCUUUAUCGAUGCGACGCUGCGCGACGCUGCGCGACGCUGCGCGACGCUGCGCGAUAGGACGCGACGCGUUAUCGUCGUCCCAUUCAAUGAUAUUCGAAGGAACUUGGAAACACGUAUCAAGAGUCGACGAUCGGUCGAGCACGCUGCCGGCGGUCGAAGGUGUGACGCCCGGAGCUCGCAAAUGCGCGGAUAACACGACACCCCGUGUCUUGAACGAACACGCGUCAGGGCUCGCGGUACCCGGUACCGAGUCUAGCUCUUGCGAGCGUGUCGGUGUUAAUAGAUACAUUUUUUAGAGGAACAUUCGAUCCUACGCCGUUUAAAAAUCUGUAGCCUAGCAUUGGCAACGUAGCUUUGUCCUCUAUUUUUUAUAUUGACGUUGAUUCGAUUAGCAAAUCCCUGUGGUAUUCAGCUGUAGACUCUGGGAGAUCGUACGCGAUCGAAGCGAGCAAAGCGGGGCAGCAUACUUUUGACCGACGAAUAUACCGAGUAUAUCCGAAACCGGCGCAAGAGCUUAGUAAUCGCCAGGUCAAUUAAUUGUAUUUUCUGUACGGCCGGCUCUUCUCGAACGGUACGCGGCGGACGAUCAAUGCUGGUUAACGCAAUUAGUUUCUGCGACCGGUGCGGUGCUGUCGCGACGCGCGGUCGUCGUCGCCCUAGUAUAUUGUCCGGCGAGCCUUUGGAACGCUCGACGGUUUUUUCGAUUGUCAAUGGUCCCUACGUUGCUCGGUUGUGAACGUAGUACGCGUCGAGUGUAACGAUACUCGGCCGAGUUGCAGGGCUCGUCGGACGAUCGUCGAAAGAGUAGAAACGCAAAGACGGGUAAUUGUUUUAAUCGGAAAUUUCAAUUGAUUUUCCAUGAAACGCUUUCGCGACGAACAAUCGGUCCUCCGCGGAUUCUGAGGAACCAGCGUACCAUCGUUACAAAUACUACCGUGUUUCCGUUGUUCCGCACUUUCGGUUUCAUUGAAACGUUAAUAUCUUUCCACUCCCGACAUUUCUCCGUUCGUACCUCCCGAAACCGACAACCACGGUGAACAGACAACCACCGACAACAG